CUACUGUCUCAGUGAAUUCUUUGCAGGCUGUCGCUAUGUCCUAUCCCCAGCUCAAUUACGUUCAGGACGAUGGAUAUGUAACGUUCACAAUCCCAGAUGCUCGGCUGUUACGUAAGAUCCGAUAUCACCGAGAGGAAGCGAUCGAUCUCCGAAAACAAGCUCUCGGAACAUUGCUGGGCUACACAGUCAAAGACCUCACGUCCAUUUUAAACAAUUACGACUGCCAGAUGUUCCCGAUUCACAACAGAAACGAAGUUAGAGUCAAGAUUUACCUUUCAAAUGAUAUAUUGCCGCCUCCUCCUAAGAAACCGUUUCCGCUGAUUCCGAAGCGACGUCCUCCUCCAACCCCAACGCCCGCAAAAUCUCGUCUUCAUUCACAUGAUUUGCCGAUCCGACCUCGAAUUGUAAUCCACGAGCCCGACGGUGAAGGCCGUGUGAUCGCUCGACCACUUUCCCACUGCGAACCGAGCAUAGAGCGGGAGAUUCAUCCUGGAAAAGGCCACCAACACUCAAGUUCGGGCACUUUAAGAGCACGAUGGAGCAACAAGAUAUGGAAAUUACGAUGUGGAAAUAUUAGUCUGCCUACUAUUGUGGAGGAAUAA